AUGGCCAUGGGUAACUCCCGACAACGUCACGUUCACAAGAAGAAAAAGGAGAAGAGGAGACAAGCCAUUGCGCUGGCGGCCAAGGACGCGAUGCGGGGGGUGACGGUGCUGCGGAGCUUGGACGGCGUGGAGCUGGCGGUGCCCAACGCGGAGGCGUGCCGGUACGGCGCCAAGGUCGAGGAAGACAUCAGGUCAUGCAUCCACUACUCCAACAAGCAAACCCACAAUCCUGACUGGGACGGCAGCGAGUUCGUCGCCAACCUCGACCACGCCACCCUCUUCGGCCUAGUGCUCGCCGCUGAAUCCCUCCGGAACCAACGCCUUCUCGACAUCACCUGCCGCACCGUCACCGACAUGAUCCACGGCAAGUCACCGGCCCAGAUCCGCGCCAUGUUCGGCAUCAGGCCUCCACCACCACCCACACAUGGCAGGACAACAAAGAAGCUCACCACAUCGGAUCAGAAGCCCACGACGACGUUAGAGCUCGAGGAGAGAGCGCUCAGGGCUCUCCACGCGGUUCGCUGCCACAAGUACACCGUAUACGACCCCAAACGCCAUUGCUUCCUAUAUACGCGGUUACUACGCUUCAACAACUACGCCUUCUUUGACCACGACAAAGAAUGCGAACUUCGCCGUGGACCCGCGCUUCGCGAGAUACAUCCGCCAUUGUGCGAGUCCGUCGUGUUUUCAGGCAUCAACUUCAUCUCCCUCAAGGUGUGUGAGUCCGACGUGGGCUUCCCCAUCAACGUGUUUGGUACCGUCAUCGCAAGGGACGAAGUCGACUAUAAGUGCGUCUACCUCUUCAGGCGCGAAGCGGAUGAUUGCCAGACCAUCACCUCGCCGGAUGAUAUGUUAACUUUGAUGGAUCCAUGCCGAGGGCUUGUUCCCGAUGAUUGUGUUUAUUUGGAGAUCAAUCUAAAGAUCAAGUGUGAUGGAGGUGUAGUCAAAGACUUCAGCAAAGGCGUGACAGAAUUCAACAGUUGCCGCCUCUACUAUCAAAACGAGAGCAGGACCGUGCGUCUGACAAGCUGGCUGAGUACCGUGGAAUUGUUAUGUGCAGGCGUAUUUCACCCCGUCGAAGCCUCCAUUGCAAUCAACAUUCUCAAAGGGACAUGUGAUCUCACAAGAUUAGCUGCUUGGCAUACUGGAAAUACCGAGGAUCACAUCAUUCUAUAUGACAGCAAACUAGCUGCAAGCAAUGAGGCGACAAUUAAAACAACUAAUUCUAUUGCGUUAGCUCGCCGUGUGGUAGCUCUUCCACUGAAUGAAAAGCUGGUUCUCCGUUUUGUAGUUGAUGAUGAUGAUGAAACCGAGGAUCUUCUCCUCAUUCUAGGACCCUCUAAUAAUGAACACAAACAUGUGUGCAAGAUGAGUUGCUGCGAGUUGGAGCUAGAUUAA